AUGCCCACAGGGCCGCCCACCGACAAGUCCAGGCAAACGUCAGCUGGAAAGUCCUUCUUCGGGAGGAAACUUCACAAAGAGAGGCCGGUAGAUGACCACUAUGAUGGGUACGGAGGAUCCUACGACAGCUUGGCACCGCCUGGAAGUACAGCGGGCUCUCGCUCGUCCCGCUAUUCGAAACGAUCUUCCAUUCAGUCCGUCGAUAUAAACCAGCAUGACCUAGACCCCAACAGUUAUGCCCCCACGGCUGGUGUAAUUACCUCCAUUCCCUUUGAGAGUCUACCGUCAGAUACCAGAAACCCGAUUCCGAUCGACACCAUGUCUCGCCCCGACUCAUCCCGCCAUGAGCCCUCACCCAACCACCUUGGCAAAAGUGGCAGCGAUUAUCAUCAGUACCCUACUUUGGCUUCAACAUCAGCGCCGAACGGAUCCUCUCAUCCCUCUGGCCCUCGUCCACCUCCUCAUGCGUCGGGCGUAACGAUGAUCAGCAACGCUUCAGGUGACCGAGGCACCAGAUAUCAACAAUGGGGUCGUCCCGGAAGUUCAGCAGCGAAUCAUUCGAUCGACUCCUCAUCAAACUCCCGCACAUCACUUGAUCAGGCCAGCCUGUACUCAUCUCAUUCUUCCAACACCCGCGGCUCGAGCUACUUUUCCUCCGAUGGCUCCUCCCGUACCCUCACAACCUCGCACUCCGCCGAUCGUGCUACUCUCCUCCCUAGCGGAAGUGCUGGGCGUCUGUCGAAUGCCCAGGCGGCCUGGCAAGCUGCACACCCACAGCAGAUCCCGGCCGCUAUUCCUCGACCACCUGACAACUAUUUAACUCGACCCAGGGAUGACCGUAUCGUGGACCAGUUGUUUUUGGAACUGAUGCAGAAGCGAGGAUGGCAAAACCUUCCAGAGCAAGCCAAGCGACAGAUGCUUUCCUAUCCGGCCUCUAAAAAAUGGACUUUGGUUCACCAGGACCGGCUGACGGAGUUACAAGGCGAGCAGAAGAGACGGCAAAAUGCUCGCCAGACGCAUGGUCAUGAUGGGCUUUCAGGUUUACUGGAGCGUGCGGAUGAGGAAGGCAGCCCGGAGUGGUAUGUGAAAAAGGUGAUGGAUGACACUAUUACAUCCAAGCAACUCGCCAGUCUGAGCGUCAGUCUACGGACGCAACCCAUCAGCUGGGUGAAGGCGUUCGUUGAGGCUCAAGGUCAAGUGGCCCUGACCAAUGUUCUCCAGAAGAUCAACCGGCGCAAGACAUCAGGACCGGUCCCAGCUCCUCCGUCUGGCGAUAAGGAUCUGGAUCGUGAAUAUGAUAUUGCCAAAUGUUUGAAAGGCCUGAUGAACAACAAAUAUGGUGCCGACGAUGCCCUCGAACACCAAGGCGUUCUUGUUGCCCUUGUUAACUCACUAUCUUCGCCACGUCUAAACACUCGUAAACUUGUCAGUGAGGUGAUCACCUUCCUAUGUCACUGGGGUGAGGGCCAAGGUCACCAAAAAGUUCUCCAAGCUAUGGACAAAGUCAAACAUGAUCAUAACGAAACUGGCCGCUUCGAUGCAUGGAUGCGAAUCACUGAGGUUACCAUUGACGGCCGCGGGAAGAUGGGAAGCUUGGUCGGUGCCAGUGAGGAGUAUCGCAGUGGUGGUAUCGGCAUGGAGAAUCUUCUUAUGGAAUAUGCCGUUUCUACCAUGAUUCUCAUUAAUAUGCUGGUUGAUGGAGCGGAAAAUGAUUUGCAGUUACGAUGCCAUAUUCGCGCCCAAUUCAUCUCAUGUGGUGUGAAGCGUCUUCUGACGAAGAUGGAAGGAUUUCAAUAUGAGGUGAUUGACAAGCAGAUUGAGCGCUUCCGGGAGAAUGAAGCUAUUGAUUACGAAGACCUUCUCCAACGGGAGGGGAGCAGUAUAAAGGAUAGCGUCGAGGGCGAGGUCAAGGAUAUGAGUGACCCUCUCCAGAUUGCCGAUGCAAUUGCAACUAAAAUCAAUGGCACUCGCGCCCAUGACUAUUUCCUAUCGGCGAUGCAACAUAUGCUACUGAUCCGUGAAAAUGCCGGUGAGGAGGGCCUACGGAUGUUCCAGCUCGUAGAUGCCAUGAUGAGCUAUGUGGCUAUGGAUAGGAGACUACCUGAUCUUGAUCUUCGCCAAGGGUUGAAUUUUACUGUACAGAGCCUUCUGGACCGGCUUCACACAGAUGCCGAAGCCAGACGGGUGUACGACGAGUCCCUGGAAGCACGACAAAUCGCCGAGGCUGCCAUCGCGGAACGCGAUGAAAUGAAAGCCCAGGUUGAGCUUGGCGCGGAAGGUUUGGUCAAAAAGCUUCAAAAACAGAUCGAUGAGCAGGCUGGCAUCAUCGAACUCCAAGGACGACAGAACGAGACCCUGAAGGCCGAGGUGGGCGAAGUUCAGCGGCUGCGUGCCCAGGAGCUUCAACGCAACGAAUUGGAAACUCGCGAGCUCUAUCUGAUGCUCCGGGAUGCCCAGGACAUUGCUGCGUCCAAUGCUCGGAAGCAGGCCAACCCGACGGACCCAGAUCCUUCUCAAAUGCCUGGAAUUAUGGAUCGCGAGAGGCUUAUGGAGCGUCUUGAACGCCAAUUGGAGAGAACCAAGACCCAGUUCAAGCUUGAAGGCAAGGUUUGGGGCCAGCACGGCCCAUCUGACCGUCUGCGUGAGUUGCGUGAGAAGAUGGACGGAGACGGCGCCGAUUUCGACGACGAGUUUGCCGAGCAAACCCGUCGUCACCUGGACCCAGGUUCCUUGGGGUCUGUUUACCGGAAGCGUAGCCAUGUACCUGGCGUGGAUCAAGGCUCAGAGAUCGAAGGCAUGUCCCCUGUGGAUGAGAACGAAGAGUCGGUUUACGAAAAGCCUCGGUUGGUGGAGUUCCAGCGUCCGCGUAUGAACCCAGCCCAAGCCACCGGCUUGCUGGGCGAGCUUGCUUCAAAAGUGCCCAAGUACGACGACGAUUCCGAGGCUAUUGCUGCAAAUCUCUCUGAAGGGGCCGAAGAUAUCACUUCCGAGGCGAGAGAUGAAGCGCCCAAGCCGGAUACCAAAGACGCAGACCAAAAGGCCAUGCCUCCACCGCCUCCGCCACCUCCUCCACCUGGAGGUGCCAAAGCUAUCGUCCCCCCUCCGCCUCCUCCAGGGGGCAAAUCAGUUGUUCCUCCUCCGCCUCCUCCGCCGGGCGGUGCCAAGACCAUCCCGGGUCCCCCGCCCCCUCCGCCUCCCCCCAGUGGUGUCAAAGCCGGCAUGCCUCCCCCUCCACCUCCUCCAGGAGCUUCUGGGGGCUUUGGCGCCCCCCCGCCGCCGCCACCUCCCGUUCCCGGAGCUGCUGGCGGCUUUGCACCUCCCCCUCCUCCUCCUCCAAGCGCUCCUUUGGGUGCUGGCUGGAGACCUACUUAUAUGGUUCAAGACGAUGGCUCGCCUACUCUCACCGGCAUGCCUUCCAUUCGACCUAAGAAGAAACUCAAGGCCCUUCAUUGGGACAAAGUUGAUACUCCCCAAGUUACAGUCUGGGCGGCGCACGCCCCAACCCAGCAAGAGAAGGAGCAGAAGUACACUGAUCUGGCCAAGAAGGGUGUCCUUGACGAAGUUGAGCGUUUGUUCAUGGCGAAGGAGACUAAAAUCUUUGGAGCCAGCACAGCUGCGAAGCAGCGUAAGGACAAGAAACAAGUCAUUUCCAAUGAUUUGUCUAAGAACUUCCAGAUUGCGCUUGCAAAGUUCUCCCAAUUUCCUCCUGAUGAUGUUACACGCAUGAUCAUUCACUGUGACCGUGAGAUUUUGGAUAACAUGGUCGUCAUGGACUUCUUGCAACGAGAUGAAAUGUGCGCCAUCCCUGAGAACGUUGGCAAGUUGAUGGCACCCUACAGUCGAGAUUGGACUGUUCCUGGAGCUGCUAGCUCUGAACGUGAGCAGGAUCCUACAGAACUUACUCGUGAAGAUCAAAUUUACCUUGCUACUGCCUUCGAGUUGAACCACUACUGGAAGGCCAGAAUGCGGGCCCUUGCCUUGACGCGUUCUUAUGAGCACGAGUACGAAUACAUCUCGACAAGGCUGCAAGAAGUCGUCCAAGUCAGCGAGUCUUUGCGUGAUUCUGUCUCUUUGAUGAACGUUCUCGGUCUGAUUCUGGAUAUUGGAAACUUUAUGAACGAUGCCAACAAGCAGGCGCAAGGUUUCAAACUGAGCUCUCUCGCUCGUUUGGGUAUGGUCAAAGAUGAUAAGAACGAGACCACCUUUGCCGACCUGGUUGAGCGUAUCGUGCGUAACCAGUAUCCUGAAUGGGAGGGCUUCUCUGAGGAAAUCGGUGGUGUCGUUGGCCUACAGAAGAUCAAUGUUGAUCAACUGCGUACUGAUUCACUGAAAUAUAUCAGCAACAUCAAGAACGUGCAGUCAAGCUUGGAUGCGGGUAACUUGAGUGACCCCAAGAAAUUCCAUCCACAGGAUCGCGUUAGUCAGGUCGUGCAGCGAAGCAUGAAGGAUGCACGACGCAAGGCGGAACAGCUUCAGCUGUAUCUCGAUGAGAUGGUUAAAUCUUAUGAUGAUAUUAUGAUCUUCUACGGCGAAGACAACACCGAUGAGAACGCUCGACGAGACUUCUUCGCGAAAUUGGCUUCAUUCCUGAUGGAAUGGAAGGUUCGUUGUCAAAGCUUGCCCCUUGUCGCUCCAUUUCAAUGA